CUUAGCCGGUUUGUGCACGGGAGCCGCACCCUGCUCAAAGCGGUCGGGAAAAAAAAUUUACGAACACGCUCGAGGUUUUCUCGUGCACUCGCCCGGAUAUCGAAGUGCGGUAGAUGCUGAAGUGUGGUUUGUGAGGUUUGUUGGACAUACGUAGUCGGACAUUCUUCCAUGCUGCUCAACGAACUGCUGUGACGGCACGCUGGGACACCAUUCGCCCCACGGCAAGCCUGGGACACCCGGCGAAUUGUUUCAGCGUUAGGCCUAUUAUUAGAGGGAAGUAACUCUCGGAAGGUUGAGGAGCCUCAGCUAGCAAAAUGAAUGAAGUGGAGAGUCUACGUCAAGAAGCGGAGACAUUAAAGAACACAAUACGAGAUGCACGAAAAGCUGCAUGUGAUACCACGUUGGUACAAGCGACGGCCAACAUGGAACCAGUGGGUCGCAUCCAGAUGCGGACGCGGCGAACGCUACGGGGACAUUUGGCCAAGAUCUACGCAAUGCAUUGGGGUUCAGACUCCCGCUACCUGGUGUCGGCGUCUCAGGAUGGCAAGUUGAUCGUGUGGGAUGCAUACACCACCAACAAGGUGCAUGCUAUCCCGCUCAGGUCAAGCUGGGUGAUGACGUGCGCGUACGCUCCUUCUGGGAGCUAUGUGGCUUGCGGGGGUCUGGACAACAUCUGUUCCAUCUACAGUUUAAAGACGCGCGAAGGAAAUGUGCGGGUCAGCAGAGAGCUUCCCGGCCACACAGGCUACCUUUCAUGCUGCCGCUUUGUGGAUGACUCUCAAAUCGUCACUAGCUCUGGGGACAUGACAUGUGCACUCUGGGACAUUGAAACGGGCCAGCAGUGUACAUCAUUCACAGGACACACUGGCGACGUCAUGUCGCUCUCCCUGUCACCGGACAUGCGGACAUUUGUUUCUGGGGCCUGCGACGCCUCUGCCAAGUUAUGGGAUGUCCGUGACGGCAUGUGCAAGCAGACGUUUCCAGGGCAUGAAUCUGACAUCAAUGCAGUGACGUUCUUCCCGAAUGGAUAUGCAUUUGCGACGGGGUCGGAUGAUGCAACCUGCCGCCUGUUCGAUAUCCGGGCGGACCAGGAGCUGGCCAUGUACUCGCACGACAACAUCAUCUGCGGCAUCACCUCGGUGGCCUUCUCCAAGUCGGGCCGCUUGCUCUUGGCUGGCUAUGACGACUUCAACUGCAACGUUUGGGACUCUAUGAAGGCUGAACGGGCAGGUGUCUUGGCUGGUCACGACAACCGUGUGAGUUGCCUGGGAGUCACUGAAGACGGCAUGGCAGUCGCCACCGGCUCCUGGGACAGUUUCCUCAAGAUAUGGAACUAGGGUGAAGACAGCAGCAGCACCAAGGGAUGGGAGACGACGAAAGGAAGAGAAAGAAGACUGGAUCACCCCCCCAGCCCCACCCCCGCUCAGUUAUUCUGCCCUGGCUCUGUUUUUACGGAUGCUGCUCCUCCUUCUCCUUUUCCACCAAACAGACACACCUCUCUAUCUCUCCACACAAGGUGUAUGACAACUACCGUUUUUUUUUUUUUCUUUCUCUCCCUCUCCACCCAGCCCUUUGCUGCACACGUUCCCCCUUGGUCGACUCUCUUCUUUGGUCGGUCGGCCCACAAAAAAAGUUCGUCAACCAGUCAUGCUCUCCUCCCGCGGACAACCACUGGAAGCAGAUUUUCCGGGCAACGUUCGCUGCCUUUGCGCAACCACCCGGCGCGCGAGAGUUUUCCACAACCACUGCAUUAUCCCGCCACUUAACACACACGCGCAGACUUGAGGGAAUGCAGGUGGGUUAGUGAACGGAGGAAAGUGUAGUGGCUCGUUCAUGUACCAGCCAUUCUCAUUAAGCUUUUCUUCGCAGUGGGGAGGAGGAUACAGUGAAUGGGUGGAAGAGUCGUGUGCUGCUUCGUAUUGCACUGGACCAAGACGCUCUUUCUUUCCAUGUACAACCACACACUCCGUGCAUUUUUCUUCCCCCUUAAAAAUUCCUCGCUUCCCCCGCUGCCCCUCUGCCCUUGUCCUCCUACUUUUCCAUCGGAACACUGGAGGAGUGACUCUUCCAGGUUAGCUCUGGCAUUUUGACAUGAGGAAUGGACAGUUUUCACUUCACCUAUUACAAACAAGGCUUCCCCCCUCUCCUCCCUGGGACUCCUUAAGAAAAAAAAAAAGAGAGAUGCCUUCUCUUCCUUCUCCCACCCCCAACUGGUGGGGAGUGGUUGCUUGGAAUUCUAGCCAUCUUGGAUUUCUCUCUCUCUCUUCACGGUCCUUGCAAAGCCAUCCUUCGUGGAGUGGCAUUUGGGAGCAGGUCGAGGCCUCCUCCCCCUUCCGUUUUGAAUUGUGUGCAUGCAAACGAGUGUGUAUGUGUUUUGCAAGUAUUGUGUGAUUGAACAGCGUCAAUGGAACAAAUAUGCUGCUGUGUGCGAGUGGGUGCGAAUGUGUUCUGCACGGGGUACGGGGCUUCUGGACUCCGAGUCGACUAAGCGAAUCGCAAUGUCUAAUCAGCCUCCCAGACACCCCUGCAGUUGUUUUCUUAUACUGAGUACAGUAGUGCUUGCUGACGAGGGGAGGUUCUCUGGCAUGCAUCUUUUUCUUUUUAGAAUGUGGAUGGAAGGAGAGUGCGAGUUUUGGUUUCUAUUCGUGUUUUUUUAUGUUGGGCGCGCCAGUUUUUGUCAAUUCUCUAGUCACAGGUGUGUGAGCAUCUGUCUCGUGCGUGCUCAAGCACAGAGAAACGCAGGGUUUCAUGUGGAACCCCCGUCUGCGUACUUUUUUUUUUUUUUAAAUCUCCCUUCUUCUUCGCACAACCGAACCCCCACACCUUGACUUUGCUGCAAGUUGCAACUUUUUACACUAUUCCUUGUUUUGUUAGAUUGUUUCGUCCACAGUUGAUUACUCAGCUUAAAUUUGUUCUUAUUUGGUACCUCCAUUGAGAGCCUCUCUGGGGGGGCUGCCAGAAGUUCAAAUGCAGCCGGCUUGCAUUAAAUACGAGCUGCCAGUGUGAAAAAGUCUGGUAGGGAAGACUUGGGGGAAAAAGAUGUGUAUACUGAAGGCAUUGUUUUUGCGUUGCCAUAUGCUGAGUCUUCCUCUACAUUAUCUUUUUUUUUUUUUAGCCUCCAAAGCGAUUGUUCUAGAAGGCAUUUGUUUCCUUCCACAUUGUACAUAGCUUUGUAUAAACGUUUGUUUGGGCGCUGAGCCUCCUCUUCUGUUAGACCGGCCCUGCACCUUGAAAAAAAAAAAGCAAAAAGUGGCUUGGAUUUGUGUUGUUAGUUAUGUUGCAUUUGAUGGUUAGACUGAACAGGUAAAUUGACGUUGUCAGCCAACCCCUGGUGAGAGACGAUGGUUUUUCUCAGAAAGUGUGCAUGACAGGGGCAGUUUGUACUGGCAGGUUCUUUACUUUCUUUGUCUUGUCUACUAUGCAGUCUGUUGCUGCAUAUUAGCGAUUGCUUUUUUUUCCCCCGCCUUAAAGAUUUCCGUGCGCUCAUCUGUACAGAGUGCCGUGUGACUUGUGUGUGAUGCGAGGCUCGCAUAUAGGCCUGCGCUAAGCUGGAACAGCUGUGUGUACUCUCCGCUCUCUCUCGGACCUUUUUCAAGCCUGUGUGCCAGGGUGCUGUCUUCUGCCUUUUUCUGGGUCGUUACUUUUCUGCAAGCACCUCGGCAUGUCGCUCGCUGCCUUUUCCCUCCCUCUGCCUUUUCGGCCUACUUGAGUCUUUUCCACCACCACCUUGAUCCCUAUCCUAAACACGUACAGCACACACACACAAACACCCUUGAGCUGAGCUUUCAGUCAGACCCAACCGCCCCAGGCCAAGCUUUCUACCUGCCAUACCCUACCUACGCCGCUAUCUCCUGUGGCUUCCCCCUGAGCACCACCACCACCUCUCUGAAAACUUCAGUUUUUACUUCUCUGCGCCCAUCACGGUGACAAAAAACUGGACAAAAUUGUGUGGUGAUGCCGUGAAAGUGUGCGCGCGUGUGUGUGCUGACUCGUGCGAUGACCGCUGCCGUUUGCAUCUGAACUGUUGUGCAGUUUUCACAUCAUACUUCGGCUCUGAUUUUGUCUAUUCUGUCUCUCUCUAUGGGCCUAUGUUUUUUUAUUUAUUAUUAUAUCUUUAAUUGCUUUCAUUUUGGUUCCUUUUGCAGAGAGGACGUUGGCGUGUGCGCUGUCCUCUGCACUUGGAAUGGUAGUGUCGCACUUGUAGCCAGCCCGGCAUGUACUGGUCUUUGGGCAACGAGAGCGUGUGUUUUUUGCGGCCCAGCACAUUGCCACAGGCACAUGUAAGUAUACCGCAAGAACCCGUACAGCCUGUACCAGACCAACUUUUACUUGGACAUCCUCCGUGCACAGGAUGCAACGGAGUGUGUAGCAGGCCGUGCCAAGCCAAGCAAGCAGGCUUUCUGAAUGCACAUGCGCUUGAUUCGUGCGUACGAAACUGCCUCAUGACUUUCUCUCUUGUGUGUGGCCUGGCCUGCUUCCUUGUUUUACUUCUUUUUUUUUUACCUUAUACCAGUCAGUGAUAAAAAGUCUUGGUUGUUGCACUGAGAGCUGGACAUUGGAGUUGACAUGUCUGUGCACUGCCUCUCAAGCUUCUCUUCUUGGGCACCUAGGGCAUGUUCACACUCUGCCGUAUUGCGGUUAUUGGCGGUCACGAGGGAGUUAUUGGGGGAAAAUUAGUUUUGGGCAAUGGACACGAUUUGGCACUGAAGCAUUCUCGUACACGGUUGUGUUAACGGUAGUGGGAGGGACAGUGUUUGGGCACGAGCCCCAGCUCAUUCACUGCACCUGGACCACCAAACCUUUCAAAAGGCUCGGCAUUGUGAAAACCACUGCCGUUUCGUUUCGUACGCUGUGUCAUCCUGCCCACCCGCUGGCCUUGCUUGGCCCUGGGCGCGCCACGUCAGAGUGCAGACAAUGCCACAUGGCUUCCUGCCUGCCCCGCUGUUUGCCACUAGUGCCCAGGAGAGACUGGACUGUGAGGUGUGUGUACAGCGCUUGUGUCACUGGUGUUAGAGCUGGGCCUUUGUUGUAUUUUUUCCUUUCGUCUUCGUGUCAACACUAUUGAUCAUUCUCUGCCCUGUAUUGCCUUUUUUUUUAAAUAUUCUGUGCUGCCAAUUUUUCUUGUGUUGUGCUAUCAAAGGAGUAUUAUUAUACAUGACGUGAGUUGGGGGGGACACAAAAGUCAUAGGGAAGAGGGUUUUAGCACCCACUGCUCCACCUGAGGGAGCUACUGUUUCAAACAAAAGUGCAGCGGCAGUCUUCUCUGGACGAGGAUUUUGAGAAAACGAGAACCUAUACAUAUAUUAUAAAUAUGUAUACUUGCAGACACGUCUGCGUCGUCGCUCGUAUAUAAAUAUAAAUACACAUUAUAUAUAUAUUAUAUAUAUAUACAAAUACAUGCCACACACACACACACAAACAACUAUAGGACAUUGCUAGGGAGGCAGUCGGGUCUGCCCCGUCAUGUCUGCCUUCCGGGCGCCAGAACUGCCAUACCUUGAGAGACGACGACAGUGCUGACAAGCCGGUUGCUUUUGUCUGUUUUUUUCCCCGGUGCGGUAAAGAAAGGAGACCGACCGAUGCACCAUUCUGCAAAAUAGACAUUGGCACUCUUCUCUCACUGCGGUUUGUAGGAGACGUGCGCGUGCGACGGAGGCUGUGUAGGGAAGCCGAGUUUUCCGAAGUUGGAUCGGGCGAAACAGUCGAAAGGUCUGACCAGUUUAAAGCGAUUAAAGCAUAAAUGAGACGUAGGUGCAGCUUUAGUUUUCUUCCUUUUUCUUCACUGGACAAAAUAACUUGUUCGUUUCAUGUGCCUCAACGCACAGGGUCCUGUUGAAGCAAACACACAUGCACACAGAAAUCGUAUCAUUUGUGCGCACAAACUGUGAAUUAGUGACCACUUGCAAACGAAGCUAGGUGCCGCACUUCAGUCGUUAUGCUACUUUUUUUUUCGCUCUUUUUUUUUUUUUUUUUCCUGACAGCGGGCAAUGCUGAUUUCUGAUUUGUAUGCUUUUGGUUGUACAUAAUAUUCUUUUCUCCCGCAAGUUAGCCUUUGCCGCACGCAUGUGCCGAGAAUGUAUAAAGAGCGAACAAAUUGCCCCCCUCCACGACUUUGUAUAGAUAUAUGCAUACAAGCGGUUAUGUAUCUUCGUAUGUUUAUGCGCGUACAAUGAAAUGGAAACUUGGGGAGACCAAGCAAGUGAUUAAAAAAAAAAAAAAGACUCCGGUCAGUGCCCAAGUCUCUCUCGCUCCCCUACAGAGCAGUUUCUUUGCGUACUGUGUGCGCAGAGCUUCUCUCUCUGCCUUUUGCUGGCUUGGUAACAAAACUCCACGUUGCUAUAGUAACAGAGCACUCAUAGGCCCUGCCAGCGGUGCCACCCGAAGAGUGGUGCUGUCCUUCCCGUGGUGCAAGUGCGCAACGGAUUUGUUUUAAUAAAAGUUCCAUGUGGGCGCAUUUUUUUCUCUCACCGGAGAACUUUUGUCAGAUCUGAAUUGUUGCUUGCACGCGCAACUGCUCCAAACUCUGUCGCCUUUCCGAAAACAAAACAAGAGGGCCGAUGAGGAUUCUGGGCGAGCCCUUGAUGUCCCCAAAGGUAGUCGAGUCUUCUCGACCUUCCCUAUACCGAAGAUUUCACCUUCCCGCCGCGCCGUCGCGAUUUUGAGCACACAGCCACACUCGCAGUAGAGGAAUGAGUGACGACGAUGAAAAGGCCAUGCUCUCGACAACUUUUUGUUUCCUGGCAGUUACCGAGGUUUCAUUAGGCCCUCGGUAUUUCGUGCGCUGCCACGUUCAGUUUUUUCUUAUUCCCUGCUUGUCUCCGAGUGCUGUGGACAAGCACAGGAAAAAACUCCCUGCGCCUUUUCUGUUUUGUCUUUCUUUUCUGUUGCUCCAGGGACUCAAAAAAAAAGUUUUUUUUUUUAUCAGCUACACACAAAUAGGACAAGGGUUUGGAACGGCCCUUACAAGCCGUUGUUUGACAAACCAUCACAUACACAUGGACGCAAAAGGGAGGGGCAUAAAAAAACAAUUGUGGAGAAUGGGCUGGAAAGAUGUUGCCGGGUGUUUUAUUGGACACCUGGUCAGCCUGUGUGUCUUAUUUCAGUAUGUAGCUUUCAGUCUUGUUUGUGAAACCAGUUUCCUUGUGUAUGUUAUUUAACUUGUCCAAUAAAGCUGUUUGUCUUUACGUACAAAA